UUUUCUGCUUCUUCUUCUAUUACUGCUACUAUUAUAUUUAUUAUUAGUGGUAGUAGUAUUAUUAUUUUUUGUUAUUCCCCAAAUCUCACCGCACAUCUCAAUCACGCUCUUCGAUUCUUGAUGAUCUUAAUCUCUAGAGAGAGAAAUUGUGCCUCUUCACGGUUUUUAGAGAGAGAAACUAAAGAACUCGUUGAAUUUAUAUUCGCUUUUCCCGUCAAACCCCAGAACUUGCAGCAGUACCUUGUUUUAGAGAGAGAAAACUCUGUUUCUAGAGCGAGAAACUGGAAUUUUUUUUUCCUUUUUCUUUCAGCUCGGAGUUGAAGAGAUAUUUUGUAUGUGUUUUUAUGGAAAUUAUAUAAUUUCUUAGUUUUUGAGCUUCGGCGAGGUUCGAUUUCUAGGGUUUUUUUGGUGGUGAGCUUGAUCUUCGGCAAUGGAGGUUGCUACUGGUUCUGAAGGAGAGAAGAAGAAGCCACUUGAGGUUGAGAACAAGACGAAGCGGAAAAUGAAGACCGCUUCGCAGUUGGAGAUUCUGGAAAAAACCUAUGCUGUGGAGGCGUACCCGUCGGAGGCAUUGCGAGCUGAGCUUUCGGCGAAAUUAGGGCUCUCUGAUCGGCAAUUGCAGAUGUGGUUCUGUCAUAGGAGGUUGAAAGACCGGAAAGGUCCAUCGUCAGGGAAGCGGCAGCCGAAGGAUUCUCCGGCCAGAGAGGAAAUGGCGGUGGCAGAGGUGGGGAAUGAGCUCGGUUCGGGUUCGGGCUCAGCAUCAAGUCUGUUAGCAGAGUCACGACGAGUUGUUGGGCGGCCCGGGGUUGCGGUUGCGAGGAUGGGAGGUGAUGUGGCAGUAAUGAGUAGGUACUACGAGCCGCAGCAGACGAUAGCUGAGCUUCGGGCUAUUGCUUUUGUGGAGGCACAGUUGGGGGAGCCACUGAGGGAGGAUGGGCCCAUUCUCGGGAUGGAGUUUGAUUCCUUGCCGCCUGAUGCAUUUGGAGCUCCGAUAGGAGCGGUGACAGUGGGGCAGCAGAAGCAGUCUGGGAGGCCAUUUGAGCCAAAGUUAUAUGAGCGACACGAUGCUAAACCGAUCAAGCAGCGAAGCUUCAAAGUAACCGGAUUUUAGUUUGAUACCAAAUUUGACGUAGGAAAAACCAGAAUGAUGCAAUAAUAAAACUGAACAAGAAAAUAAAGGAUAGAUGACCAGGGAGUGAUGUGGACCAAGGGGAACAAAGCCAAGUCAGAUUUAGAAUUCUUGGGUCUGGUCUAGUGGUGCCUGGAUUGGUUGGAUUUUGAGGAAGUAUUGAUUAGGUUUUGGUGGGAAAAGGCUGGAAAUAUAUAUAUA